GCUAGGCGGACCGACCCCGCGACUGGAUAAGAGCUUGAGGCUGAGACCCGCCAGAGCUGUUAGGUGGGACUGAAGGCUUACAAGGACCUCAGAGCAGGAGGCAGGCCAAGAAGAAGGAAGCAGAGUUCCUUGGGUUCCAGGCUACUCAUGAGUAAGAGCAAAUGCUCCGUGGGACCGAUGUCCUCUGUGGUGGCCCCGGCUAAAGAGCCCAAUGCCAUGGGUCCCAGAGAGGUGGAGCUCAUCCUGGUCAAAGAGCAGAAUGGAGUGCAGCUGACCAACUCCACCCUCAUCAAUCCACCACAGACACCAGUGGAGGCUCAAGAGCGGGAGACCUGGAGCAAGAAAAUUGAUUUCCUGCUCUCAGUCAUUGGCUUUGCUGUGGACCUGGCCAAUGUCUGGCGGUUUCCCUACCUGUGCUACAAAAAUGGUGGAGGUGCCUUCCUGGUGCCCUACCUGCUCUUCAUGGUUAUUGCUGGGAUGCCCCUCUUCUACAUGGAGCUGGCUCUUGGGCAGUUCAACAGAGAAGGAGCUGCUGGAGUCUGGAAGAUCUGCCCUGUCCUAAAAGGUGUGGGCUUCACCGUCAUCCUCAUUUCUUUCUACGUGGGCUUCUUCUACAACGUCAUCAUCGCCUGGGCACUGCACUACUUCUUCUCCUCCUUCACCAUGGACCUCCCUUGGAUCCACUGCAACAACACCUGGAACAGCCCCAACUGCUCCGACGCCCAUGCCAGCAACUCUAGUGAUGGCCUGGGCCUCAAUGACACCUUCGGGACCACACCUGCUGCUGAGUACUUUGAGCGUGGCGUGCUGCACCUCCACCAGAGCCGUGGUAUUGAUGACCUGGGCCCUCCACGGUGGCAGCUCACAGCCUGCCUGGUGCUGGUCAUUGUCUUGCUCUACUUCAGCCUGUGGAAGGGAGUAAAGACCUCAGGAAAGGUGGUGUGGAUCACAGCUACCAUGCCUUACGUGGUCCUGACCGCCCUGCUACUGCGUGGAGUCACCCUCCCUGGAGCCAUAGAUGGCAUCAAAGCAUACCUCAGUGUGGACUUCUACCGGCUCUGUGAGGCAUCUGUGUGGAUUGAUGCUGCCACCCAGGUGUGCUUCUCCCUGGGCAUCGGUUUUGGGGUGCUGAUUGCCUUCUCCAGUUACAAUAAGUUCACCAACAACUGCUAUAGGGAUGCAAUCAUCACCACAUCUAUUAACUCCCUGACAAGCUUCUCCUCUGGCUUCGUCGUCUUCUCCUUCCUGGGGUACAUGGCACAGAAGCACAACGUGCCCAUCGGGGAUGUGGCCACAGACGGACCUGGGCUGAUCUUCAUCAUCUACCCUGAGGCAAUUGCCACACUCCCACUGUCCUCGGCCUGGGCUGCUGUCUUCUUCCUCAUGCUGCUCACUCUGGGUAUCGACAGUGCUAUGGGGGGCAUGGAGUCUGUGAUCACUGGGCUUGUUGAUGAGUUCCAGCUACUACAUCGGCACCGAGAGCUCUUCACUCUUGGCAUUGUCCUGGCCACCUUCCUGCUGUCUCUCUUCUGCGUCACCAACGGUGGCAUCUAUGUUUUCACACUGUUGGACCAUUUUGCAGCUGGCACAUCCAUCCUCUUUGGUGUGCUCAUUGAAGCGAUUGGGGUGGCCUGGUUCUAUGGUGUCCAGCAAUUCAGCGAUGACAUCAAGCAGAUGACAGGGCAGAGACCCAACCUGUACUGGCGGCUGUGCUGGAAACUGGUCAGCCCCUGCUUCCUCCUGUAUGUGGUCGUGGUCAGCAUUGUGACCUUCAGACCCCCACACUAUGGAGACUACAUCUUCCCAGACUGGGCCAAUGCACUGGGCUGGAUCAUUGCCACAUCCUCAAUGGCCAUGGUGCCCAUUUAUGCAACCUAUAAGUUCUGCAGCCUGCCAGGGUCCUUCCGAGAGAAACUGGCCUAUGCCAUCACACCCGAGAAAGACCGCCAGCUAGUGGACAGAGGGGAGGUGCGCCAGUUCACGCUGCGCCACUGGCUGCUGGUGUAAGGUGGAAGGGGACAGAAGCCAAGUGGGCCACCUCACAACAGCAGGACGAGAGCCACCAAAGGAAACCCAGGCAUCAAGAAAGGAGGGCCGCGUCCACCCUUCCCCUUUGCUGUGUGGAAAAACAAUCAAAGUGCGGGCUUCAGUGUUUGACUGUUCACACCUAAUCCAUGCUACAGAAGAGGCCUCUGUGUGUGGUUGUAAGAACACACAUCUCUACACAGUGAGGUCAACUGUGUCCCUGUCCCUACUGGGUGGAAAAUACUUGGCUGGUAUCUGGUCCCUGCAAGGCUCACUCCCCCAUCUGUGGUCACCCUGGAAGAACAGGUCUUACUGUCCCCUGCACUCUAGGAGAGGGACCUUGGUACCUGUAUAUACACUGUGCCAGAAUCCUCGUGCUCACAGUAGCUGCCUAGACCCUUUCUUUUGCUCAAAUUUACAGUGUCAAGUAUCCUGUUUUUUCUGCUGUGUAGAAGGUAGAAAAGACGGUUUAACACAUACCAAGUGCUUUCCUGGUGCUUGGCUCUGAGCAGACACUGUGACCUUAGUUAGCAUCCUGAUCAUACAUUACACACACACACACACACACACACACACACACACACACACACACAGGGUCUGUUCUGAGCCACGGAAGACAAGGGACUUGGUGCAAGUGGCCAGAGAUUCUAUGUUUUUUCCUUUAUAGCUGAGAUAAAUAGACAUGAAAUAAGGUUGGGAUACAACCCAUACUCCUAGCCCCUGGGAGACCUGCUCAGCUGUGGUCACUUCAGUAUGGAAUUGAAGGCCACAGAGAAAGUGUGUUCCUCACAGUGUGUCCCAACCCCUGGACACCUGCUCUGCACAGGGUCCCAAAGAAAAAGAUCAUAUCCUUGGCCUGGAGUCCUGCCUGAUCUUUGGGGAAACACCCACUCUUAGGUUUGAUUUCCCAGAGGCUCCCAUCACAUCAAUGGACACUAUCCAUAUUAUAAAUGGCUUUUUAAAAUCAUAUGUAUGUGUGAAUCAAAAUUAUUCUCAAAAUGCAAGGUUAGUUUGUUCAAAUCUGUUUGCUGAUGUCCCUGUUUUUGUUUACAAGAGUAAUUAGCAAUACCAUAGGAAGAAGGUAGACCAAGAACCACCUUCCCACAGAAUGCUGGCUUUAGCCCCUGGAGUGAAAAGUGGAUGUCAUGAUUUUCCUUUGAAUUAAUAAAUGAACUUUGGCCUGGCCUGUAUCCCACAGAAAUGGUACCACAUGUCUGUCUGGGAGAGCCAAACGUAGGUGUUCUCUGCAAGCAGGCAUUGGCAUGAGGGAUUAGAGUGUGCCCCCAGGUGGAAAUGCAAGGCUACUGGCUUCAGGACUGCAGUAUGU